GUAACACUGGCUAUGGUAGUAUCCAGUGAUGAUAGUAGCGCGAUGUCUAAUUUGUCAGUGGGAUUUGAUAAGCCGUAGUGUUUAUGUUUACAUUGUUUGUUGUGAUAGGUUGUGGGUAGAAUUAUCUGUAAAGUUACAAUGAGCAGAUAUUCAAGUGACUCAAACUCUAGUCGAGGAGAAGAUCAUUAUCGGAAGAAAAAAAAGUCAAAUAGAAGUGGAGGAAGGUCAAGAAGCUGUUCAUACUCCAGCAGUGACAGUAGUUAUUCUAAACGGCACUCACGAAAGCACAAGAAGGGAAAACAUCACCACUCUCAUAGUAGGGAUCAUUAUGGCAAAAGAAUGCUCAAUGACCAGUCACACUCAAAAAAUAGGACCCAUAGCAGGCGAUCCAGAGAGAGAUCAAGGUCACUAUCAAGAGAGAGAUCACAUGACCGUAUAAUAUCCAGAUCUAAAAAGAAGGUUAAAAGGCAUUCUAGGUCCCGAUCUCCAUCAAAGUCCAGACACAGAUAUAGAUCUUACUCGAGAUCACUAUCGAAAGACAAAUCGAGAUCACGUUCACGUUCCGUACAGAGAUCUCUGUCACAGAGUUCGAGAGACUCCCAGCUGUAUACUAAAAUGAAGACAGAGAAACAAGAUCAAAAAGAAAACAGUGAAGUUAAUGAAGGACAGAAAGAAAAUGGAAAAAGUUUGAAAGAGCAAAUUACAGAAAGUGCAGAAAAGAUUCUCGGGAUUACUGUUACAGGAAUCACUUCUCUGGGACCAUCACAAAGUGUUUUGGACAAAUUGAAUAGUCCUGGAUUUGAGCAGAGAUCAUUUGUAUCAACAAAAUCUGCUGGGAGAAUAGCGGAUAAAGCACUGGAAGUUGAAGUAGAAGCACCUGCUCCGCCACUGAUAACAAAUGAUGAUGAUCCAAAAAGUAUAUUUCACUCAAGAGUCAGUAUCCUCACUGAAUGACUUCAGAGAAUCCGGAGAGACUUAACAAAAUAUCCACUUUAUGUAAUUGAAGGCAACCCCCUCUAUAUGUGGAUAAGUUCAAAGUAAUGCCUGUAACGGAGAGAGAACCUCAUAGUAUAUAGUAUCAGACUGCAAGAUCGGUGGUUGACAUUGUGACCAUGUCACACUAUACUAUUAUUUUGGAGUAUUACUGAGGAGCAGUAUGUGUGUGGUGCUCUCACAAAAACAGAUUUGUUGGAACCGUUCGGUGAAGGAAGUUAAAAACAAGAUGUUAGUAUAACAAAGUCUAGAUCGAUUAAGCAUGACAGUAGACAUAAGAUGGAUACAGAGACAUGUUACUAGGAUCAUAACAGGUCAGAAUAGCCCAUUGCAUUAGUUUAAAAGAAAUUCUCAAGAAACUUAAAACUGAAUAUCUGGAGGGAAGAUAACAGUUCUCACAAAACCUUGUUGGAUAAAUUCAGAGAAACAAGACUGCAUAGCGGUAAUAAAACACCCUGAGGAAGGCCAUUUGCAACAGUGGCAGAAGCAUCUGAGAAUUUUAUAUAUUGUGUUUACAUACCCUGAAAAAUUAUAUUGACAGUGACAAAGGCCGCGAAUGGAAUAGGACAAAAAUAGGCAAUACUGUUACAAAGUACAAUAGACCUGUAUUACACAGCAAAACUCCUUUGCUUACCAUGUCACAUCACAUAGGCUUCUGUCAGAGAGAAAAUUAAGUACAAGAUUGGAAUAGGAUCUCUAAACAGUCACUUAUGUUAGGAGAAUAUCUUUAACCCUUAAAUCUGUAAAAUCUGCAGUGCAAAUUGCAGUUGAUGCUGAAAAAUUGACAAUUGUCUAAAUAUCCAUUUAAAAAGAUCAAACCUUUUGGUUUUAUUGAAGUGCCUGCUUAGUGUUAGGAAACAGAUUCCAAAUAUAUAUAUGAGAGGGAGAGGGAGGUACCAGCAGAAAUGAAGUGGUGAGGGUAAGUUGUGAAUUGGUCCUAGAUAGCUGUUGACAAAAGAGCAUUACUCUCUUAAAGGCACAGUUUCAUGCUCAAGCCCUGGUUCAGCAUACAGUUUUAAUAAGUCAGGAAGCUUGAAAUUAAUACUCCACUUAUCACAAUGAAGAAAAUGAGCCCAUUUAUGGUGAUUUUGGGGUUUUUGAGAUAGUCUGCACAUUUGCAAUUAACGCUGUGUACAGUGGUGCCUAGUAACCAGGAGAUCCCAGUCUGCCACAUAUUUUCACUGCAUUAACUCCCGAUGCAGCUGAUACCAGUUUCUUCCCUUUCCUUUCCAUUCUCCCCCCCCCCCCCCCUUCAAUGUACAAUAUAAACACCUACUUAAUAAUUAUCAGAAAGCUCUCUUCACUGAAACUGGUGCACUUGUAGUGAUUUAUAUGCAAAUAUUCCAGAAAAUGAUCUCUGGUCUACAAAAAUUAAUAGACUUAUUGUUUCCAUACUUACAAUCUGCUGUGGAACUAGAUUUUUUAUA